AUGGGUACUGAGGCAACAGUAGGAGCUGUAACCUACAAUAGGUGGUUGAUGGUGGGGGCAUGGGGUUCAAGACAGUUUGAGGAAGUGGAUUGUUUGACACUGUCUUCAGUUCGUGAUACAAGGACAGGAAAAUAUGCUAAAGUACCCAAGGAAGGGAAAUUACGUGACACAUGUACGAUGGGAAGCCCGGAUGUCUUCCUUGAAGACAAGAGCAUAACUAUUGUGUAUGGACCCGAUUUUGUGCAAACGCAGAUGUUGAAUUUCUGUGCCAAUAGAGAGACUAUUGCAAAGGAAUGGGCAGAAGCAUUACUGGAAAUUGCUUACAAUAUGUUGGCUUUAAAUGGCUCGCCUUUGCAGUAUUGGGAGAAAAUGUACUCCAAACUCAUUAUUACUUCACCAAUAGAAGAAAAGGUGCCUGUGAAACACAUCAUUAAGAAGUUAGCAAAUAGUAAAGAUGACCGCAAGAAAGUAGAACACGCAUUACAAGCUAUUGGAUUACCUUCAGGAAAAAAUGAUGUAAUUCCUACGGAAAGGUUCACCUUAGAAGACUUUUUUAUAUUUUAUAUCCGUCUGACAAACCGAGGAGAAAUUGAUAAAGUGUUUCAAGAAAUUGGUGCCAAAAACAAGCCUUACCUCACCGUUCUGCAGUUUAAGGAUUUUUUAAAUUCAGUUCAAAGAGACCCACGACUCAAUGAAGUGUUAUUUCCUCUGUGCACAGAAAAGAAGACACAGGAACUUAUUGACGAUUAUGAACCCAACAAAUCAUUUGCUAAGAAAGGUCAUCUAUCAAUGGAAGGUUUCACCAAGUAUUUGAUGAGUUUUGACAACUACAUUAUAACCCCAGAUAAUUAUGAACUCAAUGAAGACAUGGACCAGCCACUCUCUCACUAUCUCAUCAAUUCAUCCCAUAAUACUUAUCUCACUGGUCAUCAGUUGACCGGUAAGUCGUCAGUGGAAAUUUAUCGCCAGUGUCUAUUAGCUGGAUGUCGCUGUGUGGAAUUAGACUGCUGGGAUGGGAAGGCACCAGAAGAAGAGCCGAUUAUUACUCACGGCUACACCAUGUGUACUGAGAUUUUGUUUAAGGAUGUAAUUGAAGCCAUAGCGGAAAGUGCUUUUAAAACAUCAGAAUAUCCAGUCAUAUUAUCAUUUGAGAACCAUUGCUCACCAAAACAACAAGCAAAAAUGGCGAACUACUGUAGGUCAAUAUUUGGUGACUUAUUGCUAAUUGAGACAGUGGAUGACUAUCCGCUCAAAUCAGGUGUACCCUUGCCAAGUCCCAAAAUGUUGAUGAGAAAAAUUAUUGUGAAAAACAAAAAGAAAAAGGAAGUGCCAGAAAAGGCAAGGAAGCGAACAGUGAGGAAGCAAUCUAGUAGUGCCUCACUUUCUUCAAAGACGCAGGAGAACCAGCAACGCAAAGCAGAGCUGGAGAAGGAAGAAGCUGCAAAGACCUCAUCCAAUGAAGCUGAGAUGGUUGAUGUCAAUGACAUGUCAGAGACAUGCAUUGCAGACCAAAAUAAGGAUAUAGAAGAUGGGGACAAAGAACAACCUACUGAAGAAAGUGAACACAAAGAUGAAGACAGUAAAAUUGACUCAAACAGGUUCGAAAUGGUCAGUUCUGGUGCUGAGGACAAAGAGAGCAACUGUGAAUCUUCUUUGACCUCAUCUACAAGUGUGUCUCCUGAGAAAGACAAGAGUGUGGAAAACAUAGAGAAAAUGGAUACAAUUGAUGAAGACUAUGAAAGUGAUAGUGAUGAUGAGAAAGAAGGAUUGUCUAAAGAAGAGUUAAAAGCAAGACAGAAAGAAAAGAGAGAAAAGGGUACAGCUGGACAAGAAGUGGAAGCUGGGGCUGAGAUGUCAGCCUUGGUGAACUAUGUCACUCCUGUGCAUUUUCACAGCUUUGAAUAUUCAGAAAAGAGAAAUCGAUCAUAUGAACUAUCCUCAUUUGUAGAAACCACGGCAAUGAUGCAUGUUAAAGGAACUCCAGUUGAAUUUGUAAACUACAACAAACGACAACUUAGUCGAAUCUACCCUAAGGGAACUCGCAUCGACUCCAUGAAUUACAUGCCGCAGGUAUUCUGGAACUGUGGUUGUCAGUUGGUUGCUUUGAAUUUCCAAAUUUUAGAUUUGGCAAUGCAGCUAAACAUGGGUAUUUUUGAAUACAAUGGCAGAUGUGGAUAUAUUCUUAAACCAGAAUUCAUGAGACGUUCAAAUAGACGAUUUGAUCCAUUUGCAGAGUCAACUGUCGAUGGCAUUGUUGCAGGCACAGUCUCCGUCAAGGUUAUAUCAGGCCAGUUUUUGAGUGACAAGAAGGUUAGUACCUACGUAGAAGUAGACAUGUACGGCUUGCCAGCAGACACUGUUCGUAAACGCUUCAGAACCAAGACUGUGCAAGGAAAUGGAAUCAGCCCCAUAUAUGACGAGGAACCUUUUGUUUUUAAAAAGGUCGUGCUCCCAAACUUAGCAGUAUUGAGGAUCGCCGUACUAGAAGAAAAUGGAAAAUUGAUAGGUCAUCGUAUUCUCCCAUUAGAGGGACUACAACCAGGUUAUCGACACAUAUCCCUUCGAAAUGAAGCUAACCAAUCAUUAACGCUACCAACAUUGUUUAUGAAAAUUAAUGUCAAAGACUACGUUCCAGACACGUUAACAGACUUUGCUGCUGCUCUGGCAAAUCCAAUAGCCUAUCAAAACAUGAUUGAAAAGCGAGAGAAACAGUUGCAAGAGUUGACUGAAGAUUUUGAAAACGAGGACACUGAUCAACUCGACCAGUUUGGUCGAAUGAAAAUGCCGACAGAGAAAGACAUUGUUGGUGCAGGAAAUGAAGAGAAUGGCAAUGCUGAGCCGAAUACAGCACAAAACAGUAAACAAAUAUUGGAAUUUAAGGAAUCAAAUGGAAGCUCAAGUGUUAGCUACACAAAAUCCAAUGGAGAAUAUGGCUCCAAGAAGGCAAAUGCCAAAGCUUUACUUACUAUGAAAGAAAGCACAAUGUGUUCUAAGUCAGGCCAUUCUAUAGAUUCAGUUCAAAAUAGUGUUCCAAGGUCAUCAUCUCUGGCUAAUACACGUCUCCUGAUGGCAAGUAAUUCCAUAGCAGAAGAAGAGAUCCAUAGAACCAAGAGUGCUCCAAUGCUAGAUCAAGCAGUUGAAAUAGAGGCUGCUAACUCAACUGACAUCAAGACCAAUAAGAAAUUUGUCAAAUUAGUUUCUAAGCAACAGAAAGAAUUGGAUAAAAUGAUUAAGAAGCAGGAAAAAGUACAGAGUAAACUGAAAAAGAUGCAAACUCAGCAGUUAGCCAAGUUACAAGGCAUCCAUAACAGAAACAAAGACCGACUGCAGAAGAGGCAUCAUAAGUCAAUGAGGAAAGCAAACAAAUCAAAAGAAGGCAAUCUCACAGACACUGUGAGACAGAAUGAUGUGGAGAUGCAGACUAUUCUCAAUGAUCAACAAGAAAAGGUGAUAGAUCUUAAAAAAACUCAUUCAAACAUACUGAUAGACAUGUACAAGGAGCAUUAUAACUUGGAACAGCAGAUGAGAAAGAAGCAUAUGCAAGCUAAAAAUGAACUGCUACGAAAUAUCAUGGUGAACACACAUGAUAACCAACUUAAAGAUAUGGAUAAAUUUCACAAAAGAGAAGAAUCAGAGCUGCAGAAAAGAAUGUUUGUUCAGAACCGAGAAGAGAUGAAAACGCUAAACAAAAGAAUUAAAAACAAACAGGAAAUGCAGAGAUUGAAAAGAGAAUUUCAGCAGAAACACAUAAAUCAAGCUGUAACAGCCAGAAAGACACUGACUGAAUUCCAAGAAAGAAAGAGGAAACAGCUUGAACGUGCGAUGAAAAAUGUACAGGAGAAAUUGACUGAAGAGGAAAACAAAUCACUACAAGAUAUACAAGAUCAAUUUAAGCGACGAAAUGCUAACCUUGAGCGAGAGGUCCUACGAGAACAAGGCCUAUUAGACGUUGAAGUCAACAAUCGCAAUGAGACAGAUACAGGCGCUGAAUUGUCAAUUGAUGAUAUUGAUAGAAUUGAAAUACUGUCAUCGUAGGAAUAAAUAAUUUACAUAAAGCAGGAUUAUAUUUGUUGGUGUUGUGCUGGGAACACUGCAGAUGAACAAAACAUAAAGUAAUUCAACAUGUUAGUG